AUGAUUGAAAAAGCCCCCACGAACCCCAGCAAGCUCAGCCUCGCCUGGGUCUUCAUCCGCGCCUUCGCCGCCCUCUUCAAGCGCAUGGUCGUCUCGCCCUUCAAAGGCAAGAACGGCGCGCCCACCUACUUCAAAGAUGUCAUGUACGCCAUGCUGCGCGCCCAGCUGGGCAACAUGACAAUCCCAGAGCAGAAAUAUCUAUAUCCCCCGACGACUGCGACAUACUUGCAGGUCGCGAAGGAGAAGGGCUUUCAGCCUGACAGCGUGGUGUUGCCGGAUGGCAUCCAGGCGCAUUGGCUGGGGCCGCGGAGCAAGGAGAAGGUGAUUGUGUAUUUCCACGGCGGCGGCUACGUCCUCCCGGCUGUGAAGGCGCUGCUGGAGUAUCUCUACGCCUUCCAGCAAGAGGCAAACAGCGACGGCCACUCCGUCUCCGUGCUCAUGCUCGCCUAUACCCUGGCGCCCGAGGGCCAGUUCCCGACGCAGCUGAAGCAGGCGGUGGAGCUGAUGCGGUAUCUGUUCGAAACCGAGAAGCGGAGUCCCUCGAAUCUCCUCCUCGCAGGCGACUCCGCAGGCGGCAACCUAUGCCUCUCCCUCCUCUCACACAUCCUGCACCCGCACCCCUCCGUCCCCGCCCUCUCCCUCCCCACCUCCUCCCCCUCCUCCUCUCCAGCCAAAUUCCCAGCCCUCCUCCUCAUCUCCCCCUGGGUCUCCUUCACCUACACCACCCCCUCCUUCACCACAAACGCCGAGCGCGACGCCUUCGGGCCCGCCUCCCUAUCCCGCUGGUCCGCCGCCUUCGUGGGCAACAACAUCAGAGACGAGUACGUCGAGCCCGUGCGCGCAAGCGCAGACUGGUGGGCCGGCGCCUCCGACGUCGUCGAGGACGUGCUGAUCUGGGCGGGCGAGGCCGAGGUGCUCGUCGACGGCAUCAUGGCCUUCGCUGCGGAAUUCAAGCAGGGGUUUGACGGCGGGGAUGAGAAGAGGAGGGGCAAGUGUGAGAUCGUGGUCACGAAGGAUGCGGCGCAUGAGGAGAUGGUGCUGGAGGCGAUUUUUGGAUAUAGGGAGAAAGGGGAGGCGGCGAGGGUUGUCGAGGGGUGGGUUAGGGCGAGGUUGUGA